AUCAGGGACGCGCUGGGAUGUUGUGCAGUCCGCCGUGCAACAACUAAUCAGAAUAUCUAACCGGGUCGAUCGAAAAUACAGUGCAUGCCAGCCAGACUGAGAUGCUAUCGCGUCAUUCCGGCAGGAAACAAAAGAGGGAUUAUUGAUACAUGAUUACAACUAUUCUGCGCGCCCAGCUGUAGAUGAUUUGGACAUAACAGUUACUACUAGUUCGAGUCAAUAUCCAGCUGCCUUCCUCCCUUCCUUCGUCACCUAUCCAUCUAUACCUAACUGCAACAGCUUCCGCUCUUAGCUCGUUGAAUGUGUGAAAAACACACAAAACUACCCCCAGCUUUCGUUGUCGACUAAAGGCUCCUGAGAAAAACCAAUGGAGUCACGCGCAGAGGGCAGCUCGGAGCUCAUAGAUAAAGCUUCCUACGAGAGCCCUAACAAGAACUUGCCAGCGCCGGGAUCCCAAGAAGUUACUCUCCAGGAUGCCCAUUUGCCCUCCUUGACCACGGCGACCUUGCCCUCAGGCAGCGCCGAUCCCAUCUACGAAGCAAAAGCCCAGCUGUUGAACCAGGCCAUUCUCGACAUCGGAAUGGGAUGGUAUCAAUGGCAGCUAUUCAUCGUCAUUGGCUUCGGCUGGGCCAGCGAUAACCUCUGGCCCAUAGUUACCUCCCUCAUCUUUACGCCUGUGACGAACGAGUUCUCACCCAGCCGCCCGCCGUUGCUUACCCUUGCGCAGAACCUGGGGCUUCUCGUUGGCGCGGUGUUCUGGGGGUUUGGCUGCGAUAUCUACGGCCGUCGCUGGGCGUUCAACCUCACCAUCGGCAUCACGGCGGUGUUUGGCCUCGUGGCUGCAGGCUCGCCGAACUUUGCGGCUAUCGCGGUGUUUGCGGCGCUAUGGUCUGUCGGGGUUGGCGGGAACCUACCUGUUGACUCUGCCAUAUUUCUCGAGUUCUUGCCGUCGACUCACCAGUUCUUGCUUACUGUUUUGUCUAUCGAUUGGGCUCUUGCGCAAGUCGUGGCGAAUCUUAUCGCCUGGCCGCUGCUGGGGAACUUGACCUGCCAGGAAGGCGAUGAAACAUGCAGCCGUGGUGAAAACAUGGGAUGGAGAUAUUUCAUGAUCACUGUCGGUGGGAUUUCGAUGCUUAUGUUCUUCAUCCGCUUUGCUUGCUUUACCAUCUUUGAAUCACCAAAGUAUCUCAUGGGCAAGGGGAGAGAUGAAGACGCCGUCCGCGUUGUUCAUGAGGUGGCGCGCCGGAAUGGAAAGACAUCAUCACUCACUCUCGAAGCGCUGACGGCCCUGGGGCACGGCACCACACAGAGGAGCGGGGCUGGGAUAGCCUUGCAGAGAAAUCUAGAGAAACUCGACUCCAACCACGUCAAAUCCCUCUUCGCAACCCCGAAACUAGCCUGGUCAACCUCCCUGAUAAUCCUCAUCUGGGCCUUCAUCGGGCUCGGUUUCCCUCUCUACAACGCCUUUUUACCCUACAUCCAAGCCACCCGCGGCGCCAACUUCGGCGACGGCUCCACCUACAUCACCUACCGCAACUCCCUCAUCAUCGCCGUCCUCGGCGUCCCAGGCUGCCUCCUCGGCGGCGCGCUGGUCGAGCUGCCCCGACUGGGCAGGAAGGGCACGCUCUCGCUCUCAAUGAUGUUCACGGGCGUGUUCCUCUUCGCGUCAACAACCGCGGAGAGCUCCAACGCGCUCCUGGGCUGGAACUGCGCGUACAGCUUCAUGAGCAAUAUCAUGUACGCGGUGCUGUAUGCGUAUACGCCAGAGAUUUUCCUGACCAAGGAUCGCGGGACGGGCAAUGCGCUGACGGCGGCGGCGAAUCGGGUCUUUGGCGUCAUGGCGCCGAUUAUUGCCCUGUUUGCGGAUCUGGAGACGGCGGUGCCUGUUUAUGUGAGUGGAGUGUUGUUUAUUGUUGCGAGUGUUUUGGUUAUGUUGCUGCCGUUUGAAUCGAGGGGGAAGGCUAGUUUGUAGUAGUAGUAGUUCGUUAAUGAAGGAUGCUGCUGCGUCUGUUGCUUUUGUUUUUGGUUUA